UUGGUUGCGAAUUUUCAUCCGCCCUGUACAUCAAAAAUAUAUUAUUACUCUAUGACUCCGCUUAUACAUUUAUCUAUAGUUAAUCAAUGGCUGCUAAUUGCAGGUUAGGUUUGUGAUCUAUGAUCAGUUGUUUGAUUUGUCAGGUGGCAUGAGUUUAAUUGAACAUUUAUUAGAAAAAAUCUUGGGCAGAUUCUUUUACAGCUUAUACAAUGGCUGAAAUAGCCCAGAAAAAUAUGGAAACAAUGACUGUUGAGCUUGAAAGUAUGUUCUGUACCAAGUUGUACACUCAUGAAGAAAUCAGACGUAUAACGAAAAAACGAACUGACUUUGAGUAUAAAAUUCAUGGUUUAAACAAAACGUUGCAAGACUUUCGGGAGUACAUUGUGUAUGAGCAAACAUUACUAAAAGACAUUCGAUUACGAAGAGAUAAAUUUCGUGUUGGAGAGAAAAAGGACGCAAUUGAACAUCGAAUAAUAAAAAGAAUUCGGGAAUUGUAUGAAAUGGCAAUUCAGUAUUACCCAAAUGACUUCCUGUUGUUCAUUCAAUUUUUCAAGUUUUGCAAACGAGUUAAUUAUGUGAACACCACGAAUAACAUCGUAACAAAAAUGAUACAGAAACAUCCAAAUGAAGAAAAGGUGUGGUAUGUGGCAGCAAAUUGGUAUGCCUAUGAUUGCAAUGAUUUGGAUACAGCAAGAGAAAUAAUACUGAAAGGACUUUCUAUCCACAAGGAUUUCAAACUUCUUUACAAGGAAGGAAUUCAGAUGGAAUUAAUAUUUGCUGUUGGAAAACAAGAACAGAAAAGUGACAGUAUGAAACAUGAAAGUAGUGAAGAAACCGAAGAGGAACUGCAGAAGAAAAGAAAGCUUGGCCUGGACAAAAUAAAAGUUUAUCUCAAACAUGCAAUUGAGCAUGUUGACAAUUGUGAGUUUUACAUUGAAAUUUUGGAAAUGUUUGAUAAGUACAAAUUUACUGAAGAAGUUCAACAACUGAUCAUCAAACAUUUGCUGAACAAAUAUUGGAGCAAUGAACUGGUGUGGCAUAAAUUGGCUGUACGUGAAACAAAAGGUUUACAUUACCAGACAAAUCCAACUUUUGAGUACAAUGGACAGUCAACAAAAGGACGAUUAAAGGCAGCCAUUAACAAAUAUGAAGAGGGUGUUGAGAAAGUUCCAAGUGAUAAGAAAGAGAAAAUGUGGUCCUUUUACUUGGAUUUUCUGCUAGAAUUGCAGCACGACAUAUUAGGUGUUGCACACGAAUUUAAAUUGAACAUGCUAAGAAAAGUGUUUGAGCAAGCAAGUAAUGAAGAGUUUAUGAGUGAAAACUAUUAUAUACGAUGGCUAGAAUAUGCAACCAAUGACGAAGAAGGAUUAAAAAUUGCAGAAAAAGGGACAACUGCAAUUCCUCGAUCAGUGUUUCUAUGGAAAGCACGCCUGCAGUAUUUAAUAAUGACUGAAAACGACGAAGAAAUUUUGAAUACAUUUAAGAAAGGUAUAGAAAAACUCAAAGAAAAGGCCCUUCCUUUAUGGAACGCCCUAAUUCGCUAUCAUCUGCUCAAAUUUAAAAACGACGAAAUUGAAAUCGUUUACAAAAAGGGCAUCAGAGAACCACCAGAAGUUUCAGAGUCUCUCAAAUGUCAAUAUUUGGAAUGGUUAGCCACCACCAAAGACUUCAGGGCCGUUAGAGAAGCUUAUUAUUCAAUGGCAAAUGAAAAACCCUAUUCAAAGAAACUUCACAUUACAAUGUCAAAAUUGGAAAUGAUGGAAUUAGGAAUAAAUGUAAAAACAUUGGAAAAAGUAUAUCAACUUGCAGUUGAACAGUUUGGCCAUGAAGACGUCGAUGUGUGGAUUAAUUACUGUCAAUUUUGUCAGGAUUUCCUCAAGACAGAUUUGAAGCAACAUUUCCAGAGGAUCUAUGAAGAUGCCAUCAGGAAAUUGCAUGUUUCCUUGCAGGACGAAUUCAUCAAUAGGUUCAAUAGUUACACGGACAUCAAUUGCAGUUGCCUGUCGUUACCUUUUCCAUCGUCUUACUAGUAGAGACUGGAACUACCUUGAUAGAAAAAGGAUACUCUGAUUCCACAUCUGCCUGCAUGUUGCAGUUGCCUGUCGUUACCCUUUCCACCGUCUUAUUAUCCUGGUAGAGACUAGAACUAUCUUAAAAGAAAAAGGAUACUCUGAUUCCACAUCUGCAUGCAUGCAGAAAUAAAGCCGGAAAGUAUCUAAUUGACCCCGCUCAUGAAAUCCCUUGACACUAUAAGGUUCUGCGUAGUUCUUCAUUAUCGUCUCUUCUCAAAGCUGGGUAAAUAGUUUUAGAAGAUUUUGGAACAUUGCUUUAGUGAAUAGUUCAAAUGUUUAUUGCUGUAAAUUGAUAUAUUUAAUAUUAAAACGUAAGAUUUUCAAU